GCCAUCUAUAUAUAAAAAAAUAAUAGCAUUAAUUAGCUUCUGUAUAUUCAUCAACUGAGUAAACAUAACCAAAUUAGAAACCAAGGUUAAUUAAAAUGAAAGCAUGUGUUGAUACAAUAGAGGCUUUAUGAGCAGGUAACUUUGCUGCAGGGACAGGGACUUAUCAAAUUAUCUGAACUUAUAAAAUAAUAAAUCAUGAAGUCAAAUAAUACUUUUCUUCCAAUAAUAUUCACAAUUUUAGUGAUAUUUUAUGCAUCAAUUACAGAGGUUAAAGGACAGGCAUGUGGGGCUGACAUGGUAAUGGUUGUUGACAUAUCAUGCAGUAUUACACCACCUAACAAAACAAUCAUGCACAAUUUCUUAAUUGAAUUCAUAUCAGUUUUGAACAUAGGAUCCGGAGACGAUGAACUACAGUUGGGGAUGGUGCUCUUUGACAAAUUUGUCUAUAAUCCAUUUUUCUUGAACACCUUCAGUGAUAAAAACCAAAUUAUAGAAGAAGUUAGAAAUAUGGACAUUCAUCAAGACAACAAGAAAAGAGCAAGGUGUGGAACAAGAACAGAUCUUGCUUUAAGAGAAACUCUCGAAGUGCAAUUGACUGAAGAAAAUGGGCUUCGUUCAAAUAAACCAUCUGUAUUCCCCCUAGUAUUAAUCAUAACAGAUGGCGCAACACAUCCGCCAGAAAAAGCUCCAAAUACAAUUCGAAAUGCUAUUAAGCUGAAGAAAGAAUCUGGCUCCUCUGUGUUUGUGUUGUCUCUACCAAACAGAAACAAUAUUGAUGGUACAAUUGAGUUCACUGCUUUAGCUAGUAAACCUACUGAACGGUUUCUCAUUACUGUGAGUUCAUUUGAUGCGAUAGUGUUUGAAAUACCACCACUCCUCACUGAAAUGUGUAUUCCUCCUAUUGUUGAUACACCUUUGCCACCUCCUGAACCAACAACUACUGAAGAACCUAUUACAAUAGUGGCAGCAAGCCCAGAAGAUGAAACUACAACAACGCCACCACCAACCACAACAAUUCAAUUUAGUGGAGAGUUUUGUGAAGAUCCAGCUAAUAAAAAACUUCAUAGAAAAUGUGGAAUAUGGAUGUCUGCAUGCCCUCCCAGCAGACGCGAAUGUUGUGGAUGCCCUUAUAUGUUCAAACGCAAGGGCAAAAGCAAGAAAAAGGGUGGCUUGGCAUUCCCAAUGGAAGCAACAAAAUUUGACAAAACGUGUCUUUGCAUGAAAUGCAUCCGCCAAUCAGCAUACUGUCUUCCCGAUGAUUUUAAGCAUUUAGCCCUUGGACCAAAGAAGAAAUUCAGAGGUUUUGGAAAAUCAGGAAAAAAUAGAAAUAGGGACAAUGAAGAAUAAUUAGAUAAAUGGACUUAGUGUUCUGCAUCAAAUAAUUGAUAUGAUAUCAACUUAAUAUUUCUUGAAUAAAAAUUGAUGGUGAAAAAUAA